UUUAAUAAUUUUGGAAUUUGUUUUUUAAAUUAUAAAAAAAAUUGCACUUAUAGUUUUUUGAAUUUUCUACAUGUGCAUAUUUUUAGUUUUUUUACUUUUUAUUAAAUUGUUAAAAUAAAAAACAGCGAAAAUUUUUUAUUGUCUGUUAACUUUAGGAUCAUAAUUUUUUUCGAUCUUUGGUCAGUAAUUAAGAAAGUCGAUCUGUACCAUCGGAGAUCUGUAUUAUCGAGACACCUGUAUCUUCUUAAUCGUCAUAGACAUCGUGGGUACGGAAUUAAUAUAAAUACGUUAGCGCGCAAGAUUUAAUGUGAUGCGUAUUUCUACUGAUUCAGUAGUUCCUUGUCAAGUUCCAGACCAGUUCUAACAUAACAGAGUCGCUGACACAAUGCAAUUUCUUUAAAAUUUAUUUGAAUAAUUAAUGUUAGAGUUAUCGGCUUAUUUACUUUAUUUUUUAAAAUAACGAAUAACGCCGUAUUGACGUUUAUUGAUGAUAAUUUUAUUACCAUUACGACUGCGUAAAUCACUGGGUCAUCGAAAUCAGGUGGUAAGAUUUCGACGCUAAUUAGUCAAUAGUGACUGGAAUAAAUAAAAACAAAAAAUAUAGAAAAUGAUUAGACGACAGAGUGCAUCGGAAUUGCCAUAUCAGGCAGUUCGUUAUCGGAUUCUGCAAGGAACUAUGGACGUUAAUACAAAAUGUGAGGUAGAACCAGGGGAAGAAAUGACGGCUUUGCAACUUGCGGUAAAAAAACAAGACUGGAAGUUAAUCAACUAUCUUCUACAAAAUAACGUUGGUGUCAAUGCUUAUACAUCAAAAUGUGAACCGGCACUUUUUUUGGCUAUUAGAUCCGGAAAUGUGGGUUUAGUUAAGACUUUAAUUCAUCAUCGCGCUAGGAUAAAUAUCACGUAUGAUAACAAUACUCCCCUGCACUUGGCUGUUGAUCAAAAUAAUUACGCGAUUACUGAAUUUCUUAUCAGACGAAGAGCCGAAGUAAAUGCUCUGACUAAAGAAAAUCAGAGCCCUCUGCAGAUCGCCAUUGAAAAAAAUAAUUUAAAUUUAGUGAAACUGCUGAUUAAAAACAACGCUGAUAUUAAUAGAGUCACAAAAAAUUAUGAAACAGCUCUAAUUUUUUCCAUAAAAAAUGAAAAUUUUAAUUUAUUCAAAAUAUUGUUGGAUGCAGGCGCUGAAGUAAAUCCGGUGAAUUUGCCACCGUUAUUCGUGGCCGUUGAAAAAAAUUGCUACAAAAUGACUGAACGUCUUAUUGAACGAGGAGCAAAUAUAAAUACUAUUUACAACAAUCAAACAGCGUUAAUAAUUGCCGUUGAAAAAGAAAAUAUGAAGAUCGUUAAAUUAUUAAUCAGAAAUAAAGCAGACAUUAAUGUUGAAAUAGCAGCCGCUCAAACAGCUUUGCAUUUGGCUGUCUUACAAGACAACUAUGAAUUCACGGAAUUUUUGAUCAGUUCCGGAGCUGAUGUCAAUUCUCUUGAUGGCAGACGACAAACACCAUUGCACAUUUCCGUUACGAAGAAAAAUAAAAAAAUAAUCAAUUUAUUACUUAAGAACAAUGCUGAUGUUAACGUCUUUGAUGAUGACAAUCUGUCACCAUUAAAGAUUGCUGUUAUCAACGGAAAUAAAGAAAUCGUGGAGCUAUUACUUGAUAAAGCUGAAAUAACUGUCAAAAAAAGUUUGGAAUCACUUUUAAAAAUUGCUUGGUACAGUAAUGAUUUUGAAACUUUUGAAUUAUUAUUUGACGUUGGUCUUAAAAUAUAUCCGUUGGCUGCUGGCAAAAUCGUGCCACCGCUACACAUGGCUGUUAUUAAAAAUAAUUUAGAAAUUCUUGAUGAUUUGAUUAACGAUGGCGCAGACAUCAAUGGUUCAUUUUGGGGAAAAACGCCAUUAGAAAUUGCGGUCUGCAGAGGGUACGAAAAAAUGACAGAAUUACUUGUAAAAAAUAAAGCAAACGUUAAUUUAAAAAACGGAGUAGAUAUUCUUAAAGUCGCUGUUAAAAAAGAUAACUUUGAAUUGAUGCGUAUAUUGGUUGACGCCGGUUCCAAUGUUAAUUAUGGAUCACCGUUACAUGAAGCGAUUGAAAACAAUAACUAUGAGAUUGUGAAAUAUCUUAUCACUAAUGGAGCUAACGGUAGUUCCGUUAAUUCUUUAAUUCGUAGAGUAAGGAGAAUUACACCAUUACAACGUGCUGUUGGAAAAGGAAACCAAAAAAUUGUUAAAUUACUAAUUGAAUAUAAAGCCGAUGUUAAUGACAGACCAUUUUUUCCUAAAUCUGCAUGUUUAAUAACAGCGAUAGAAAAUAAUAACUUUGAAAUGUUAGAAAUAUUAACCCAUACUAAUGACGCCGAAAUAAAUCCACUUGUAGGCCAGCCACCAUUACAUGCAGCAGUUCAUAAAAACAACUACAAAAUGACCGAGUAUUUGAUUAAUAAGGGAGCGCGUGUCAAUACUUCUUAUGACGAUAAAAUACCAUUACAUAUUGCUGUUGGUUGUCAAAACAAAGAAAUAGUUAAAUUACUGAUUAAAAAUAAUGCAGACGUUGAUUUCAUUACUGAAUCUGGAGUAACAGCUCUCGGUAUUGCUGUUGAGAAAGAAAGUUUAGAAUUGGUAAAAAUAUUAUUGGAUACUGGUGCUAACAUAAAUCCUUUCUCCAUCUUCCCACCAUUACAAAUUGCUGUUGGUUGUCAAAACAAUGAAAUAGUUCAAUUACUGAUCGAGAAUAAAGCAGACGUUGAUUUCACUACUAAAUCUGGAGUAACAGCUCUCAGUAUUGCUGUCGAGAAUGAAAGUUUAGAAUUGGUGAAAACAUUAUUGGAUGCUGGUGCUAACAUAAAUCCUUCCUCCAGCGUCCCACCAUUACAUAUUGCUGUUCGUUGUCAAAAGAUAGAAACGGUGAAAUUACUGAUCAAAAAUAAUGCAAAUGUUAAUUUCAUUACUGAAUCUGGAGUAUCAGCUCUUGGCAUUGCUGUUGAGAUAGAAAGUUUCGAACUAGUCACAAUAUUAUUGAAUAGUGGUGCUGACAUCAAUUCAUCUUCUGAUAAAGGUUACUCGCCAUUGCAACAUGCGAUCAUGAAAGGCAACUAUCGAAUCGCUGAAUAUCUGAUAAAUCGCGGUGCAAAUAUAAAUGCUCUUUGCCGUCGUGAAAAAUGGGCUACAAUGCGUGAUAAUCGUUACAAUUCAUUUACUAAUUGUAUCAGUGAUUCACAAUGUAGCUUAUUACAGUUUGCUAUUGACUAUUACAAACCUGCAAUGGUAAAACUAUUGAUGGAAAAUAAGGUUGAUAUCAGUUUGGUUGAGAAGAAUAAUCCACUAUUUCUUUUCGAUGCUAUUAAAUAUCUGAGUCAUGAAAUAUUGGAGCUUAUAUUGUCUACUCAAGUUAAUGUCAGUUGCAUUGAUACUCGCAAGCUUGGUUGUAGGGAAACUCUUCUGCAUGCGGCUGUAAAAUUAAAAUAUUCGAAACAUGAAAUAGUAAAAUUGUUGCUAAUGAGCGAAAAUUUUAUUGAUAUUAAUUCACUAACAACUGAUGGUAAAUCUGCCCUUGAUUAUGCUGUCAAUAGUGAUGAUAUCUGUAUUAUAGGUGCUCUUCUAAAUGCAGGUGUUAAAAUUCCCAGGUAUUACGCUAAGGCAAAUAUGGGUUAUCGUAACACUGGUAGACAAAUGAUUACAGACCAUAUUGUUAAACUAAAAGCUGCUAAUUUACAUUUUGAUUAUGAAAACUCACACGAUCUAAGUAAUGAAAACUUUAAUAUUCUAUAUCCCGAGUGCUUAAAAGAAGUUGAACGGAUGAAAAAAACAAAAAUCGUGAAAACUAAUUUAUCAUAUUACGAUGUAAUAAUUAAGAGCAAGCAUAAAACAGCUUUAGGAUUGAGCAAUACGAAUUUUCACGUCAGAUUUGACAGCGAAAUGUUAUCAUUACAAUUCCCAUUAUAUGGUGGAAUGAUCAUCUACCGCCUAGAUGAAGCACAAAGAAGACGACAACUAUUAGAAAAAUCUAAUAAAAUUCUUUCUCUUGUUUUUUAUGGUAACUUGCCAUACGAUGUUAUAAGUCAAUUAAACUAUUAUUUAACAUCUAGAGAUUUAAAAAUUUUAUCUUCACGUUGAUGACAAAACUAUUUAAUGGGCUUUCGACAAAAUAUAAAUUAUGAUUUUUUUUAUGUAGAAAAUUGUUUUAUUUUUCAAUACUCUCAUAAAAAAAUACAUUCAAUAUUAAACUUUACUCAGAAAAGGUAAUAAAUUCAGGUUUACGAAAAAUGCAGCCCCGUGAUUUUACUAAAAAUAGAACACUUUUUUUUUUAAUAUAAAACUUUUAUAUUGAUUACAAGUUAAGUAUUGCGUAGACAAACCUAAAUAUUUAAUUAAUGAUAUUUUUACAUUACAAAGAGACCACACAAUUAUUAUAUUUAAAUUCAUCAGUAUGAAUAGAAAUGAUUGAUUAAUUUUGUAGUCAACUACUUAUUAUUCAGGCUGUCAUAUAAUAUUUUCUAACUCUAUUUAUUUUCUAAGCUUUGAUUAAGAAGCUUUGCUUAUAUUUAUUUUCUAUUUUUGUUGAAGAUAUUUAAAUUACAAAUA